UUUAUCUAUCCUUCCCAUUGCCUGCGCUGGAGGACCGACGCCGCUAGAGUAACAUAGCCAGUCUGUCUGUAUUGCGGCGUGUGCAUGAAACCGUACGAGCGGCGACUUCAAGCCAAUUCAUUCUGCAAUCCAUAAAAUAUACAAGAGGCGCUCUUUGUUUUUAAAUUGAACGGAGGACGAGCACCUCUUUCAUGGAACUGAAAGCUUCCCUUUUAAUUGCAACACUACUGCAUGAGCUCUGACGCCUGUUCGUAGGACCUUGAAACUUCAUCAAAGAUCUGCAUCACUCCGCUGACUGCCCAGAGCCACGAGUGGACCAAGGCGCAGCGUGUCAACGCAGAGUGAAAUCCAGAGAAGUAACUUCCAACUCUCAUCCCUGUCUCACGGCCACUGAAGAAGGACCACAGAGAGCGCCCAGCCCUACACAACGGACAACAAAGGGCAAACAGGUGGAGCCGGAGCCAGGCAGCCCCGGGCCCAGCAGAAGCUCUUCACCAUGGACGUGGAUGAAGAGGAGAACAUGAGUUCGAGCAGCACCGACGUUAAGGAAAACCGUAACCUGGACAACGUCUCCUCCAAAGAGGGGGCAGCUGUAGGCGAGCAGCUCCCCAAUGGCAGUGGCGGGGGCAGCAGGAAGCGCCCCCUAGAGGAGGGCAACAAUGGCCACACGCUGUCCAAGUUCCGGGCCAAGAAGCGUAAGAAAACACCGGGCCCGGUUCUACCAAAGAAUGCCCUUAUGCAGCUGAAUGAAAUCAAGCCGGGGCUACAGUAUAAGCUGCUGUCUCAAACAGGUCCGGUCCAUGCUCCCGUGUUUGUCAUGACCGUCGAGGUCAAUGGGCAGCUGUUCGAGGGCUCAGGUCCGACUAAGAAGAAGGCCAAGCUGAAUGCGGCAGAGAAGGCCCUGCGCUCCUUUGUCCAGUUCCCCAACGCCUCCGAGGCGCACCUGGCUAUGGGCCGGACACUGACAGUCAACACGGACUUCACAUCCGAUCAGGCCGACUUCCCAGACAUGCUCUUCAACGGGUUUGAGACGCCCGCACCACCCGAGGACUCCUUUUACCUGGGAUCCAAUGGCAGCGGCUCCUUAAACUCGCUGGGAGAGUAUCCCCUGCCCUCCACGCCAGGUGCUAACCUUGCCCAGGCGCCGUUGCCCCCUCCCUCCUCCUUCACCUCGAACUCGAGCGGAAAGAAUCCCGUCAUGAUCCUCAACGAGCUGAGGCCGGGCCUCAAGUACGACUUUGUGUCGGAGAGCGGUGAGAGCCACGCCAAGAACUUUGUCAUGCAGGUGUCGGUGGACUCACAGCAGUUUGAGGGCUCUGGACGAAACAAGAAGCUGGCCAAGGCCCGGGCCGCCCAGGCAGCCCUCUCAGCCCUCUUCAACAUGCAGCUGGACCAGACACCCUCCCGACAGCCCAUCCCCAGAGAGGGACUGCAGCUCCACCUACCCCAGGUUCUCGCCGACGCCGUCUCUCGCCUGGUGGUGGACAAGUUCAGCGAGCUGACGGACAACUUCACCUCGCCCCACGCGCGACGGAAAGUCCUGGCGGGAGUCGUCAUGACAACAGGCACGGACGUGAAAGAGGCCCAGGUGAUCUGCGUCUCCACGGGCACCAAGUGCAUCAACGGCGAGUACAUGAGCGACCGCGGCCUGGCGCUCAACGACUGCCACGCAGAGAUUAUCGCCCGCCGCUCGCUCAUCCGGUACCUCUACGCCCAGCUGGAGCACUUCCUGAGCAACAACAAGGAGGAGCAGCAGAAGUCCAUAUUCAUGCGKUGUGACAAGCGUGGCUACCGGCUAAAGGACAACGUCCAGUUCCACCUCUACAUCAGCACCUCGCCCUGCGGAGACGCGCGCAUCUUCUCGCCGCAUGAGGCCGGCAUGGAAGACCAAGGAGACCGCCACCCCAACCGGAAGGCACGGGGCCAGCUGAGGACCAAGAUAGAGUCUGGGGAGGGGACCAUCCCUGUGAGGACCAGCAACACCAUCCAGACAUGGGAUGGGGUGCUGCAGGGAGAGAGGCUGCUCACUAUGUCCUGCAGUGACAAGAUCGCAAGAUGGAACGUGCUGGGCAUCCAGGGCUCUCUGAUGAGCUACUUCACGGAGCCCAUCUACUUCUCCAGCAUCAUCCUGGGCAGCCUGUACCACGCCGACCACCUCUCCCGGGCUAUGUACCAGCGCAUCGCCGACAUCGAGGACCUGCCCCAACAGUUCAGCCUCAACAGGCCUCUACUGAGCGGCAUCAGCAACGCAGAGGCGAGGCAGCCGGGCAAGGCGCCCAACUUCAGCGUGAACUGGGCAGUGGGCGACCAGGCGCUGGAGGUCAUCAACGCCACCACGGGCAAAGACGACAUGGGGCGCGCCUCGCGCCUCUGCAAGCACGCCCUCUACAGCCGCUUUAUUCGCCUGCACUCCAAGUUGUCAUCCACACUGAGGAUCAAGGUGUCCAAGCCCAGCUCGUACCACGACGCCAAGGAGGCGGCUGUAGAGUACCACAACGCCAAGCAGACGCUGAUCAAGGUCUUCCACAAGUCGGGCCUGGGGGCCUGGGUGAAGAAGCCCAUCGAGCAGGACCAGUUCUCCCUCAACUCCUGAUCGGGCAAUUAGGGGGGAACGUCUUCACUCAACCCACUGCACCCCAACCCCCUCUCUAGACCUGAGAGAGGCUCUUCGAAACUACCAGCCACUGAGACUUCACGUGUGUGUGCGUGCGUGCGUGCGUGUGUGUGCGUACAUGCGUGUGUGUGUAUGUUUGUCUGAGUGUGUGAGAAAUAAUGCACGUGGUUCUGGCCACCUCCCUCCGUCCAAAUKACUCUGCUCUCAUUCCUCAUCGCUGUGACGUCAUCACUUGCUGUGUCUGUCUGUUUGUUUUAAACCAACUAAAAUUCAAAUACCUUUUUAUGUCCUUAUGGAAAUAAAAAUGUAUGGUAUUUUAAACUGGAAUCCUAUUUAGUAGUUGUUUUUUGUUUGUAAGACUUUACAUGAGGUUGUCCAUAUACCAUGUAGUUACUAUAUAAGUACUUCUGUAACUAGAAUGUACAAUGAUUGGCCGGAUUCCAUUUCUGUUAUUCAGUUAAAUGUAAUUACACUAGGAAACUCAAAUGCCGUAUGACUUCAUGGUAUAUUUUUUACGUAUUGUGAGAUUUGACCUUUUUCUUUUCCUAUUUUAUUACAUUCUUGCCCCUGUAUUAAAAGCACAUACAGUGGGGAGAASAAGUAUUUGAUACACUGCCGAUUUUGCAGGUUUUCCUACUUACAAAGCAUG